GGCGGAGCCUUAGAGGAAACACCUGUUUACCUGCUUCAGGUGAGAGUGAGAGUCGAAUAGAGGAACUAGCAAAGAAAACACCUCAUAGCUCUGCCGAGUUUGUUGGAUUACUCUGCAUUUGGUUGUUCUGUUAAGAGGUUUUCUGUGAGAGAAGCUGACAUUUGGCUAUGAGCAAGUUCUGGUUUAACUCCCCCUUACCUUUGGCUGCAUUAUACAUCACUGCAGUAUGUCUGAAUCAUGCAGCUUUGGCGGUGCAGGUGACAUCCACAGGACCACAGACAGUCAAGAAAGCCCAGGAUGAGAGUGUUACUCUGGGCUGCACAUACAGCUUGGAUCCUGCAGAUAUCGGAGACCUGGACAUCGAGUGGACACGUGUCAGUCAAGACAUGACCCAGAAAGAUGAGUUGAUCUUAUCCUACACUGGAGGGAAACAGUUCCAGCUAGGAAGCCCAGACCUGAUGAGUCGCUUUAAGUUUGUUGGCGACCCGAGCCGCGGUGACGCCACGGUCAGCAUUUCCAGCGUCAAGGUCUCAGACACAGCCACGUACCAGUGCAAAGUAAAGAAGACACCCGGCAUCGAUUCGAGAAAAGUGACUAUAGUAGUGCUGGGUGAGGAUAUGCUCAUUCUAUCUGUCUUUUAUCUAAAUCUUUUAUCUCUAGCAACCAAUAAAGCGGGAGUGAUUGCUGGAGCUGUGAUAGGUGCAUUGCUGUUGCUGCUCCUCCUCCUUUUGCUAAUCUGGCUCCUGAUUUGCUGUUGCAACAAGCGGCGCUAUGAAAAAGAGGUUGCCAAUGAGAUCAGGGAGGACGCUGCAGCUCCGGAGAGUCGCCCGGGAAGCCGUAACUCCAGCUUCCGUUCUAUACUGAAUUAUCGUGUCCAUUCGGGGAUCCAUUACAGCUCUGUGGGCAAAGCCGAUGUCACACGGGUUGAAUCGGGCCGCAGCAGUACCCACACCGAACGCGGCAGAGUCCAAAGGGAAGCCAGCAUGCCUGCGUCUGAUCACAGGCCUCCGCUCAGAUACGACAGCAGAUAUGGAUACCCUGUAUAACCACCGACGUCCUGCCAGGGGACACAGCACUGAAAAGAUUAAACUCACUCAAAAGAUGCAAUACUGUGCAAGACCAUGGCAAGAUGGGAGAAUGUUAAAACUGUACAGAAGAAUAUUCACAUAUGUGAAUUUUCCUAUGUUCAGGAUAGAGAUCUUCUAAUAUAUGUGUAUAGUUGUGUUGAUGUAUUUUUGUAUGAUUGUUUUAUAAGCAUUUAGGAAAAUGUGGUCAUGGUAAUAAUUUGAAUAUAUUAAACUAACAAACCCUUUCACUUCUCAAUAAAUUCAGUCUUUUAAGAUUGAAAGUAAGAGAC